GCUAUCAUACCUGAGGAAAAAUGCCAGUUGCCAUUGGUGGGCCUCAGGGAUACACACCCCCUGAGGGUGGCUGGGGUUGGAUGGUGGUAGUUGGGGCCUUCAUUUCUAUUGGCUUCUCCUAUGCGAGUGCCAAGUCGAUCACUGUCUUCUUCAAGGAAAUUGAGGUGAUCUUCAAUGCCAGCAGCAGUCAAGUGUCCUGGAUCUCCUCCAUCAUGUUAGCAGUCACGUACGGCGGAGGUCCAAUCAGCAGCGUCCUGGUUAACAAAUAUGGGAGUCGUCCUGUCAUGAUGACAGGAGGUUGUCUGUCUGGAAUAGGUUUUGUUGCUGCCUCUUUUUGUAACUCUGUGGAAGCACUCUACUUCUGUGUUGGUGUGAUGGGAGGCCUGGGAUUGUCCUUUAACCUCAACCCUGCACUUACUAUGAUUGGAAAGUACUUCUUCAAGAAGCGACCUAUAGCUAACGGGAUUGCUAUGGCUGGGAGCCCUGUGUUUCUCUCCACCUUGGCUCCUCUUAACACCUGGUUCUAUGACCAGUUUGGCUGGAGAGGAAGUUUUUUGAUCCUGGGCGGCCUGCUCCUCAACUGCUGUGUUGCUGGUGCCCUCAUGCGACCUAUAGGACCCAAACCCAAACCUGCAGAAGCGAGCACAGAGAGGAAGACUGUAGUGCAGACCAUUAACAGCUUCAUUGACCUCUCUUUGUUUAAGCACCGUGGAUUUUUGCUCUACAUUAUGGGAAAUGUUGUCAUGUUGUUUGGUCUUUUUGCACCACUGGUGUUCCUUUCUAAUUAUGCAAAGAGCAAAGAUAUUCCGAAGGAGAAGGCGGCUUUUUUACUCUCCGUGUUGGCCAUUGUUGAUAUGGUUGCUCGGCCCUCGAUGGGCAUUGUAGCCAACACCAAGUGGGUCCGGCCCAGGAUACAGUACUACUUUGCUGCCUCUGUGUUGUAUAAUGGUGUCUGUCACGUUCUAGCUCCACUAUCAGUGGACUACAAAGGCUUUAUUAUUUAUGCCUGCUUUUUUGGCUUUGCUUUCGGUUGGCUGAGCUCAGUGCUGUUUGAGACCUUGAUGGAUCUAGUGGGAGCCCAGCGCUUUUCAAGUGCCGUUGGGCUGGUCACUAUUAUGGAGUGUGCCCCUGUGUUGUUAGGCCCCCCGUUGCUUGGAAAGUUCAAAGAUAUCUACCAUGAUUACAAGUACACGUACCAGGGCUGUGGGAUUGUCCUCAUCAUUUCCAGCGUGUUCUUAUUUGUGGGGAUGGGAAUCAACUAUCGACUGUUGGACAAGGAGAAGAAGGAGGAGGAGAGGCGGGCCAGGAUGGGAGUUAGGGAACCAAAGCCCAGUUCUGGUAGUGAUGGUGUUGAGGUUAAGAAUACAGAAGACACUGUCUAGUGCUCCACACCUUAUCAGCAUGUGAUUCUGGACAAAUAAAUUCUUUAAAGUGUGGUCUGUGAAAUAUGCUUACCAUCAGCAAGCUUCUUUAUUUCAUGUUAUGCUCUUUCAGAAGACUGUCAGUAAAUGUAUUUAACAAACAAAAAAAAAAGGUUAAAUCAUGCCAUCUGGACCAGUUUAAGUGAGAAACG